GCGGCCGCCUCCUGGGCCCGGAGAACGGUGAGUGACACACUGGAUCUGACGGAGAGCCAUGGCAGUGUUUCUGGAGGCCAAGAACGCCCAUUCGGUCCUGAAACGCUUCCCUCGUGCCAAUGAGUUCCUGGAGGAGCUGCGACAGGGCACCAUCGAGCGGGAGUGCAUGGAAGAGGUCUGCAGCUAUGAGGAGGUCAAGGAGGUUUUCGAGGACAAGGAGAAAACGAUGGAGUUCUGGAAGGGGUACCCGAAUGCGGUCUACUCAGUUCGAGACCCCGCACAGAGCUCAGAUGCCAUGUGAGGGUCCUGGUUGUACAUGGAGGAUGACAGAAAAAGCCAAUGGCGUGAAGAGCUCCCCAGCCAAUAACCACAACCACCAUGCCCCUCCUGCCAUCAAGGCCAAUGGCAAAGAUGACCACAGGGCCAGCAGCCGGCCACAGUCUGCGGCCGAUGAUGACACCUCCUCAGAGCUACAGCGACUGGCAGAGAUGGAUGCCCCCCAGCAGAGGAGGGGUGGCUUCCGCAGGAUUGCACACCUGGUGGGGGUCCUCAGAGAGUGGGCUAACAGGAACUUCCGUGAGGAGGAGCCUAGACCUGACUCAUUCCUUGAGCGUUUCCGGGGGCCUGAGCUCCACACCGUGAUAACACAGCAAGGGGACGGCAAAGGCGACAAGGACGGCGAGGGAAAGGGCACUAAGAAGAAGUUUGAACUCUUUGUCUUGGACCCAGCCGGGGACUGGUACUACCGCUGGCUUUUUCUCAUUGCCUUGCCCGUCCUCUACAACUGGUGCCUAUUGGUGGCCAGAGCCUGCUUCAGUGACCUGCAGAAAGGUUACUACAUAGUGUGGCUCGUGCUGGAUUACGUCUCAGAUGUGGUCUACAUCACAGACCUCUUCAUCCGACUGCGCACAGGUUUCUUGGAGCAGGGGCUACUGGUGAAAGAUACCAAGAAGUUGCGGGACAACUACAUCCACACCAUGCAGUUCAAGCUGGAUGUGGCCUCCAUCAUCCCUACAGACCUGAUCUAUUUUGCUGUGGGGAUCCACAACCCUGAGGUGCGCUUCAACCGCCUGCUACACUUUGCCCGCAUGUUUGAGUUCUUUGACCGCACUGAGACACGCACUAGCUACCCCAACAUCUUCCGAAUCAGCAACCUGAUCCUCUACAUCUUGGUCAUCAUCCACUGGAAUGCCUGCAUCUACUAUGCCAUCUCCAAGUCCAUCGGCUUUGGGGUAGACACCUGGGUUUACCCCAACAUCACUGACCCUGAGUACGGCUACCUGUCUAGGGAGUACAUCUAUUGCCUUUACUGGUCUACACUGACCCUCACCACCAUUGGGGAGACACCACCCCCUGUAAAGGAUGAGGAGUACCUGUUUGUCAUCUUUGACUUCCUGAUUGGUGUCCUCAUCUUUGCCACCAUUGUGGGAAAUGUGGGCUCCAUGAUCUCCAACAUGAAUGCCACCCGGGCUGAGUUCCAGGCCAAGAUUGAUGCCGUCAAACAUUAUAUGCAAUUCCGAAAGGUCAGCAAGGAGAUGGAAGCCAAGGUCAUUAGGUGGUUUGACUACUUGUGGACCAAUAAGAAGAGUGUGGAUGAGCGGGAAGUCCUCAAAAACCUGCCAGCCAAGCUUAGGGCUGAGAUAGCCAUCAACGUCCACCUGUCCACACUCAAGAAAGUGCGCAUCUUUCAGGACUGCGAGGCUGGCCUGCUGGUGGAACUGGUAUUAAAGCUCCGGCCUCAGGUCUUCAGCCCUGGGGACUACAUUUGCCGCAAAGGGGAUAUUGGGAAGGAGAUGUACAUAAUCAAGGAGGGAAAAUUGGCAGUGGUGGCUGAUGAUGGUGUCACUCAGUAUGCCCUGCUCUCGGCUGGGAGUUGCUUUGGAGAGAUCAGUAUCCUUAAUAUUAAGGGCAGCAAAAUGGGCAAUCGGCGCACAGCCAACAUCCGCAGUCUUGGCUACUCUGAUCUGUUCUGCUUGUCCAAGGAUGAUCUUAUGGAAGCUGUGACUGAGUACCCUGAUGCCAAGAGGGUCUUGGAGGAGAGAGGCCGGGAGAUUCUGAUGAAGGAGGGCUUGUUGGAUGAGAAUGAGGUGGCAGCCAGCAUGGAAGUAGAUGUGCAGGAAAAGCUAGAACAGCUGGAGACCAACAUGGACACCUUGUACACUCGUUUUGCCCGCCUGCUGGCCGAGUACACGGGAGCCCAGCAGAAGCUCAAGCAGCGCAUCACAGUUUUGGAAAUCAAGAUGAAGCAGAAUAAUGAGGAUGACUACCUGUCAGAUGGGCUGAACAGCCCGGAGCCACCUGCUGAGAAGCCAUAA